AACCCUCUCUCUCUCUCUCUCUCUCUCUCUCUCUCUCUCUCUCUACAGACCUUUGGUGAGUGGUACUUGCUUUGUUGCUACUCUUCUUAUUUUCUCUCUGUCUUUGCUUUAUCUCCGGAACAAAAACUAAACAUGAAGACUUCUUCUCCUUCAGCUGGCACAUCCCAUCUCCGCUCUCAGCUCAAGUCUAUGUCAAACAAAGUAGGAGGUAUGCUGUGUUGUUGUAGUUCACCAAAUAAGUAUAGCAGGUUGGAUGCAAAGCUUGAAAAGAAGAUGGUUGAAGUUAAAAGAGGUUACUUGGGCCGUAGUAACUUUAAGUCAAUUGACAGCAUUAUCAUGAGGUUCCCCCAGUUCAGGGAGGAACUCAAGAAAAUUCGAGAUGUGUUUGAACAGUAUGAUGAGGACUCAAAUGGAACUAUUGACCGUGAAGAACUGAAGAAAUGCUUGCAGAAACUGCAACUCCAUCUGACAGCGGAGGAGAUUGAGGAUCUUUUCCAUUCAUGUGACAUGGAUGGAAGUGAGGGGAUACAAUUUAAUGAAUUCAUUGUUCUUCUAUGCCUCAUCUAUCUAUUAAAGGAACCUUCAUCUUCUCAUACGAUAUCCAAGAUAAACUCACCACAGCUUGAAGCAACUUUUGACACCGUAGUUGAAGUAUUCUCAUUUCUGGAUAAAAAUGGCGAUGGGAAACUGAACAAGACAGACAUGGUGAAGGCAUUGAACGAGGCUUCUCCUUUGGAGAAAUCCCCUGCACAUGUCACCAGGACUCGAUUCAAAGAAAUGGAUUGGGACAAAAAUGGGAAGGUCACUUUCAGGGAGUUCCUCUUUGCUUUCAUCGAUUGGGUUGGAAUUGACACAGACGAAGAAAUGUCUCCAGUACGAAGUUCAAGCAAGUAGUGUGUAGCUUGUACAGCUUAGAAAUGGGUGGAGUAGCUGUUCAGUGAGGUCAGAUUGAUAUAUCUGCUUGUAUUACUAAAGAAUCUUUAAUCUGUAUAAAACAGUUUCGCUGCUCGGUUAGGUCUUCUGAUUUCUUUGAAAGUUUGAGCCAUCUUGUGAAUCCUGUGCAUCUGUAUCUGGUUAUUUGUAUUCUUAGUAAACGAAAUUGCAGAAAACUUUGUAUCUGUUGAUAUGGCAUUCGAUUUGGCAAGACAUAUAUAAAUAUAUAUAUUUACA